AUGAGGGCUGUGUUUGUUCUGUGCCUCAUUUCGAUGGCUUAUGGGGCCUACUACGAAGAGAUGUACCAUCGGCUAAAGAAUGAUGUGUCAAAGAUGAGGGCAGAAAUGACAUGGAAGAUGGGUAUGAACAAACGAUUUCGUGGCAUGUCAGAAGAACAACUACGGGCGAUGAGCGGUGCUACAUUUGACGGACUGGAAGAACUGCCAGUGAAAAAGUCUUUCAGAAGAAACCUAGAUCUGCCAAAAUCUUUUGAUGCCCGUGAUCACUGGCCCAACUGCAAAUAUAUUCCAUUUAUUCGUGAUCAAUCCAACUGCGGUAGCUGCUGGGCCGUGUCGACGGCGUCCGUGAUGACAGAUCGACACUGCAUCGCUAGCUCCGGCAGAGACCAACCGUACAUAUCUGACGAAUACGUGCUCAGCUGCUGCGGCCCAGAGUGCGGAAGGGGGUGA